AUCAGGAGGCGCGAGGCGCGUCGCAUUUGCUGUUAGUUGCGGCAUUGUGACGGUUAUUACGUGUGGCGUAUUGUUACGCAGCCACACUGGUCACACCCAGCGCCGCCGCUGGCGAAACCGGGCUUGGCUGCCUGGAGACCACCUAAACAGCGGAGCGCAUCGAGGCGCAUCGACGCCGGCGCGCGCGCGCACGAGGCGACAGCGUGAGCCGACCGCUGCGCGACCGCUGCGUGAGCCGACCGUCACGACAGCUAAGACACCAUGGGCAACCGCACGUCGACCGCGCGCGACGAGGCCGCCGCGGCCCAGUCCAUCGGCCACUUCGACCACAACUAUGACGCGAUCCUCAUCGACCAGUCGGCGGGCAUGGUCGAAGCUUGUACUGAUAGAAAAGAAGUGCCGGCCGCGGUCAAGCGAUUGUUGGGCGACGGGCGGUACGUUGAGCUCGUGAUGAAAUUCGACACCGUCCAGCUCGUCGAGAACCAGAAGACGUUAUUGACCAUACCGUACUCCGGCGUCAAGACCUUGGAAUGGGACCACUCGUGUUCCUCGGUCAAAAUCACCGCCAACACGGCCGGCGAGGAGUCCUUCGUCGUGGUCAAGGUCGGCAAUUCUUUGGAGUUAGAAAACGAGGCCAAGCUGAGAAUUCGGGGUCUGUCGAGGCAAGGCUCCGGCCAACAGUUGAAUCUUACGUUCGCUUAUUGUGGCACGUAUGCCGGCCCGACGAAGCCAAAACCAUUUCAACGGAAACGGGCGAAUUUAUCCACCAGACCGCAAGGCAAGCUACCUCCCCUAGCAUUGAUGCGCGACUUAGCGAUCGCGCGACACACCGGGUCCGGCGCGCCGACGCGAGCGAACGGCUCGAAGCGAGUCGUCCAUGCGCUCCAACACAUCCACAGGGGCGGCAACACCUUUACGGUGUUACACGCCUACCAGAAGGGCACCGCGGCCGAGCACCAGCAGGGCGAGCUCCACGAAUUUGAGUCCAAAUUGGCCCUGAGCUGUGGCACGCACGAGCAACCAGGAUUAGUCUACGCCGAAGGGCAGCAGGUCAAGCUGUCGCACGGCUGGGACGACGUGCAAGGCUGGGUCGUGCAUGACAAGGUCCACGCGGGCGAGAUGAAUAGUGGGGUCGAGAUCACGUUUCGGGGGUCUGGCACCUGGUUCUUCAUCGUUCUAGAUGUGCUACACUUGAAGGACGCCAUCGAGCACUUCUGGAACCGGCACCGCGCGCCGCAGCCUCCCAAGCCGCAGUCGACGCAUGGUCGGGACAUCGUCACGGUCACGACGUUACAUGGUGAAAUAAAAGCCCCACCGAAGCCCGUGGGUGACCUGGAGAUCACGGACGAAGUCGGUACGUUAGUGCGGUCUUCCGGUACCGCUCAUGGUGGUGUCGCCAAGAGGAAGUCGACGAUUAUCGGUAGCAUGGUGAAAGGAAAAAAACCAACAGGAUGGCAGGAGAACGAGCGCGUCAGGAAGCACUGGGAUUCGGUCGUCGUGCAUCAAGGAUGGCUGCUGAAGAAGGGUGGGUUGGCCAAGUCGUGGAUCAAGAGGUACGCGGUACUAUAUCGCACGGCCAUGGGCCACUUUUUGUGUUAUUACGCGGAUUUCGCCAAGUCGCCUCUCUACCACGAGGAGGAGCGGGAACGGCGCAUCAUCGACCUAUGUAAAGUUACUUUUGUCCGUCCAGUGAGCAACCACGACGACGUGCCCCCGAAUUCCUUCGACAUCUGUACCAUAGAAAGGGAGUGGACUUUGAGUGCGGAAUCCAAGGCGAGCAUGCAGCGCUGGCUGCAGAUCGUGACCAGAGCUAUUGACGAAGAUACGGCUAUCGUACCCGAUGAUGAGUUGGUCUUCACGGUGAAGCCGCGCGUCGACCCUUCGCAGCAAUUGGUGAAGAACGAGUACUCCACCGCUCUGAAAGUGUCGGCGUCAGGGGUGAGUGUGUGCGCCGUGACGGCCGCCGACGAGUUGGUCGAGCGUUUCUUCUGGUGCUACACGGACUUUUUUAAAUGGUCCAUUCUCCACCAUUCCGGCAAGACGGGCCUGCAGGUCAGCGUGUUCACGUCGGCUGAUUUUGAUGUGAAGGACCGGCACGAAUUUCUCUUCCGGACGCGGGACGCCGUGAAAUUAGCUACUGCUAUCGAGUUCUACAUCGAAAAGUUCAUGUCCAUCAUGCACCUUUAUUUAGAAGGUACUGAUAACAGUGGUACUUCCCAGGAGCUGAACAUGGGGGCUAGCGAGAUGGCCACGAACAACUUAUUGGGCGAGGACGACAUGCUCGCGCUCGGCGGCGAGGAUGAUGAUGAUCAGACGGGGACGAAGAUCACGCAGGAGGACCAAUUGCUGGAGAAGCAGCCGGCCUCACCGACGCAAGGGAUACUGGACCUCUUUACGGUGCCGUCCGCGCCCUCGUCUUCCCAGGUAAAUGAUCCAUUCGCGCCCGGUGCGCUCCCGCCGAAGCCGCCGACGGACCACUUGGCGGACGACGUUUCUGCCUUGUCCAUGGAGACGGGCUUUCCUCCCGCAAGUGCGGCUCCCGUCCGUUCGGAUGUCGUCGAGGAGAUGACCCUGGGCGAUGCGAAAUUCGACGCUUUGGCUGUGGGUGCUGCCGAGGGUGCUAAUAGGAUGAAGGGCGUGUUGUACGAGGAUCCUCACGUGGCGGUGGCUAUCGAGCACGACUAUCGAGGGUCGGAAGGCAGGGUGACGGUUCGGGUCGCCAACAAAUGUAGCACGCCCAUCGAUUCUCUGCGAUCGGACUUGGAUGCGGGCGAAACGGGUCUGAGGUACGAGUUCGGCGCGCCUUCUUCGACCUCAUUACAACCGGGCGAGGCCGCGGCGCAAUUACUCAUGUUGGAGUGCAUGAAGCCGUUCGACGCCGUCGCGGCGUUGGUUGUGUCUUUCCGCAGUCAAGGUGUGCCCUAUGAAGUGAGGUUAGCACUACCGUGCGUCUUCACGAAAUUCUUAGAGCCGGUCCAACUCAGCCCGAACGUCUUCGUGCAGCGCUGGGCGACGCUCGGCGCACCCGGUUUGGAGCACAUGGUGACCUUCGCGGCGACGGCGGGCUCGGCGAAUGCGGCGUUCGCGAAGCCGCGCUUGGCCGAUCUCGUGAGGGUGGCGGUCGUCGACGGCGUCGACGACGGCGGCGGCUCGAUUCUGUCGGGCGCGACGGCGUUGCGCACGGGCACGGUCAACGCCGGCGGCGAGAAGAUUUCGGUAGGGUGUCUGAUUCGUUUGGAGAUGAACGAGGCGGCGGGCGCUUUCAGAUUAACGGUGCGGACGGCCGUGCCGCACGUGUCCACGGCGCUCGCGGAGGCCAUCCAGAAGCUGCUCUAGCGCGGCGCGCGUUUUUCCCCUUUCCCCCCAAAUCCCCGGCGCGCGCCGGUGUAACGAGCAGUGGCAUCUA